CGAGGCUGCUGCGUCCUAAGCCCGUCGAAGGCCGCCUCUUUCCCGGGGGCGGUCAGGCUGCGCGCCCUCCUUCCCUCGCUGCGCCCGCGCUCUCCGCUAGGGCGGGCCAGCCGGCUGCGCUUCCCGUCGGUUCCUUUGCGCCACGCCCGGCCCAGGAGGCGCAUCUCCGCCCGUUUGAAGGGAGAGGCACCGGCGGGGGAGAGUCCCUGCGCGGCGGCGGCGGCGGCUCUGGCUCCGGACAUGCGCGCCCACCGGGAGGAGAGUCCGGCCAGAGUUGGUCGGCCAGCUCCGCCGCCAAAGCCCUUCACCUGACGCCCAAGUGAGCUCGCGCGUCUUGCACGUGGGAACGGCCCCGGAGAGGAAAGUUUGGAGUCGGGGCAAAGAGAGUCGAGUCGCCGGCCAAGCUUGGAAGGAAGAGGGGUCCCUCCGCGUUGCCGUGCCAUCUCCCUCAUGCCCUCUCCAGAUUUGGCACGAUUUAAUUCUCUCAGCCCUCAUGUAGUGGAAGAAAUAUUUGGAACUGGGUUGCAAAGACAGAACAGACAUUGGACUUGGAACAGGACAUGAGGAAUAAAAGGAAGAGGGAGCCCUUCUGAUCAGAAUGAAACAGAUGUUGAAAGAUUUUUCAAAUCUACUGCUAGUCGUGCUCUGUGAUUAUGUUCUUGGAGCAGUGGAGUAUCUCCUCUUGGAGCAAGCAACUCACGUAGCCUUGAGCAAUGGCACUGUGUCGGUUAGCUUCCAGAAUUAUUAUGACAGCAACGUGACCUUGAAAAAUGGUUCCAUCCUGCUCAUAGAUGCCAGCACCAAUCAAACUGUCACCAGAAAACAGCUCCUGCAAAACCAGGACCAAUAUAUUGUUGUCUUUGAGUGCUUCCAUUUUAAGAGUGCCGGGAACUACUGGUUCAAAAUGGCUCCCGAGAACCAGUGGAACGGAGAGAAGACCCCACUGAGUGUUGUCUGGCCUGUAUUCCACUUUGAUUUGAGGAGGACUUCUGAAGCGGUUGAGUCUUCCCUUCAGCUCAGGCUGUUUACCGACGAAUAUUUGUGUCCGGUGAAUAAGACGGUGGUUUCUCUGGAUGUUAUACUGACCAGCCGCUUCUAUGAACUAGGAAAGCAGAUCUCGAAUGAGACUGGGGGACUGAGAACUAGCAAAGAGCUUUCUCUCGCCAGGUCCCAGUGGGUGACGCUUGACUGUCGCUUGGUUGGCCAAGAAGCCUACAUGACUCUGUUCCUGAAAUCGGCAGAGACCAAGUCAGUCAUUGCUUCGGAAGGGCCUAUUGAUCUCGUGCGCAGAUUUGGGUACAAGCUGGUCGUGCCAGGAGAAGUGACAUGUGAGUCUUCGGUUGUGGUUUCUGUCAUUCCUCCUCCCUGCACUUCUACUGGUGGGAACGUUGCUGUGUUCAAAGACCUUGGGCCUUCUGGUCAGGGGGCGUCAAGGCUGCAGGAGAGUGUCAUGAAUCCAAAGGACGGCCAGAUAGAAUUCAACUGCACAUUGUUCGACGAGGGCGCAAACAAAUACUGCUUUGAAUUUAGCCUUUUGCCCAGAGACAAUGCCCCACCGAGAGCGAGGGAAUGUGCGCUAAUCCAAAGGAAUGUUGGAUCCUGGGGACUCUGGCAGGCCUGGAGCCCCUGUAGUGUGACUUGUGGGGACGGCACCCGAGAGCGCUAUCGAGAAUGUCUCGCGUCUUUCCCGUUCCCUAUAAAGCAAGGCUGCGCUGGGAGACAGCAAGAAACAUCUCUCUGCUCCUUGGAGGAAUGCUCCACCACUAAACCUGUACCCAUCACACCACUGUACCCUUCUGAAGACGGCCAGAAAGCCAGUAAUAAUCUAGUAACCGUCACUGGCAUAUCUUUGUGUUUAUCCAUCAUCUUUGCUACUGUCCUGAUCGCCCUAUGGAGGAAGCUUUGCAGGACCCAGAAGUGCAGCACCCCGGUGCGCUGCGACCCCACCCACUCGCCCAGCUUCCGGAAGAACUCCGACGAGGAGAACAUCUGCCAAGAUGAGAGACAGCAGCGAGAGAGCUUUUCUGAGGGAGAAGCUGCUUGUUCGCUUUCUGGAGAACCUCCAGAUAUGCCCUUGAGCUCCAGGAGAAGUCUUUAUUUUGCUCCGGAAGGAGGAGGGGGAGGAGCUUCUGCUAGCGAAAGCUUUGAGUCCACAGCUCAGAAAAUAAUCCCCCCCAUUUUCAGCUACCGCCUCGCACAACAGCAGCUGAAGGAAAUGAAGAAGAGAGGCCUCACCGAAACAACCAAGGUCUAUCGCGUUUCUCAGAACCCUUUGACAGACACGGUACUCGACAGCUCUGUGAGCACAGAGAACCAGGAGGCAGCAGCUGGAAGCAAGUUCAGAAUCAAGUCUCCUUUUCUGGAGCAGCCCCCGGGCCACCCCAUAUCCUUAGGAGACAGGCACUGUUGCAGGGCGGAUUUUACACUGCCUCAGGCCAGUCCUACCUUGAGCCCUUGUCAGUCCCUCAUUAGAAGAGCUCAUCCUAGAUAUCUCGAGAACCAAGCAGAGCCAUCGGAGAGGGUCUGUCCAAGAAGUUCGCAGUUCAGAAGAACAGCCAGCUUUCACGAAACCAGAAAAGCCAAGCCGUUCCGGAAGAGAAGCAUGUCCACCCUGACACCGUGCCAGACCCACCUCUACCGUGGCAGAGCCAGAACGUGGAGUCGUGUCCCGGAAGGAGAGCACCGGCCUAAAUCUAAAAGCACCAGUGAGAGCGUUGAAGAGUUUGAGCUGUAUUAUAGUACUCCUUUAACCACUGAAUCAAUGGCCUAUGGAACACACAACCCCCAUAAAUGGAAGCCCCCAGGGAAGAAACUAGACUCGGUCACCAGACGCCAACCAGUGGCCCAGGCACUGUGCGUUGAUAGAUCAGAGCAGAAGAGAAACGUAAGAGGGCCUUCCCUGGGCCGCGUGGAUGCUUGGAAGAACGAAUCUGCUGUGGUGGCUUUCAAAGAUAUGCACCAAAGAGGAGGUACUCUGAGCCCUACGCAGUACAGAAGGAGCAAGUGCCAGAGCUUCCCAUCUGACCCUGAAUACCACUUCUAUGACAACACUUCUUUUGGUCUGGCUGAAUUGGAACAGCAAACUAUUGAUCUGCCUGGGUAUUUUGCGUCCGAUGAAGGUGGUGGAAUAAAUACCUUAAGCAUUGACCAUUUGGUGCUCUGAGUGCCUUGCCGCCAUCUUGUAGCAAGACAGAACCUGUGGGCUGAUAUGAAUGGUGGUCAAAAAUAAAACAAAUGGGCUUUCUAAAAGCACCACCGGUCAAAUUCCAUCUCAUAGCGGGGGGAUGAGGCCCAGCUGUUGUUUUGUUUUGCAUUUCUGCCCCUGCUUCCUCAACCACUUCAGAGCAGCAAGCGGGAAAUGAUGCCUUCACAUGUAUAAAUAAGCUUCCACUAAAUUAUUCUGCACUGCAAAGCUCUGUGACUCAGUCAUAGUUUGACCUCCGUGUUCAAAGUACCUCAGAGCUUUCUCGAAAACAAAACUUAGGACCUGAUUCUCCAUGCUGCUUUUCCCUGACAUAGCUCUUCACAGGACUGAGUUGUGAGGAUGCCAGUAGUCAGGGCUUUUUUCCAGCCGGAACUUGCCAGAACUCAGUUCCGGCACCUCUCAGGUGGGUGCCAUUGCUAUUUUAAGAGAACGAGGGAGGUGUUCAUGGUGAGUUCCGGCACCUCUUUUUCUAGAAUAAUUGUGCUGCCAAUAGUAGUUGACCCAGCCCCUCCUUCAUGAUUGUAGCAGCUACUGUCUUGUGAAUCCAUCCUCUCAUUUGUCCACAGACCUUGUUAGUUGACUGGGAAGGUGUGGCGUUCGUAUGGUUGUCUCACGGACUAUUGACACGUACACCACUAAUCCGCUGCCACCAACCAGGUCCUCCCUGGUAAGAUCACUUCAG